AUGACACAGCAGGCGCCUCAGUCUUUUUUUGGCGAGCCAGGGUUCUCCGAGACUGCGGACUUGUACGAAGAGGCGAUUCAAGCUACAAUAUCUCAGUGCCAGUUGCUACAGAACGCCAAAGUGCUCGCGGCCAUAGAAAAGCAAUGGCGGCAGUCGCUUAGGAGAAAACAGAUUGAGCUCUCACGGGCUGCUGCUGCUCGUCAGGAUGCUGCAUCGACAGCAGCAGCAACAUCAGAGCCUCAAUCGGGAGCAUCAGCUUCAAAUGCCACUGAGGCACAAAGCAGUACAAGCGUGCCGAGUGCUCAAAGUGCUGAGGCAUCUACGGGGACUGCUGCUCUGCCAACAGAAUCAGGAGAACAAAAGCAGACAGAAGCAGAAGCAGAAGAAUCAGAUGAUGAUUUUGCUGAUGCGGAUAUUGACGAGGCAGACGAAGGAGUCAACGCCUUGGGGCAGAGGCUCGCUGCAGGAGCGGGAGAAACUAACGGCGCUGCUGCUGGAGUUGGUAGUGCUUCUGCUCACCUGGAGGUGAAAAAAGACGUUCAGGAGAAACAGCAGAAGCAACAAAGUAAUCCUGACAAUUCCACUGCGCUGGAUGAGAGCGACGAUGACCAAGAGGAAGGGGCCCACCUAACGGUGGACGAUGUGUCCGACUUGGACGAUGCGGAACCUCAGACGACAGACGGCAUAUUUGCGUUUUUUGAAAAGGUUGAAAGGGCGGCUGCUGGAUCUUCAAGGCGCUGUAGCAAGUGGAAAGUAUUGCUUAGACAUGGAAUUCUCCGGAUCAGACUGUUGCCACUUCUGUUUUUGUUGGUUGCCUACGACGGCUGCGCCAAUGCGGAAUUUAAUUGGCUUUAG